AUGGGUCGCCGUCCCGCUCGCUGCUACCGCUACUGCAAGAACAAGCCCUACCCCAAGUCGCGCUACAACCGUGGUGUACCCGACUCCAAGAUUCGUAUCUUCGAUCUUGGCCGCAAGCGCGCAUCCGUUGACGAGUUCCCUUAUUGCUGCCACCUUGUCUCCGAUGAAUACGAGCAGCUUUCGAGUGAGGCGCUGGAAGCCGCACGUAUCUGUGCCAACAAGUACGUCACCAAGACCUCUGGCAAGGACUCGUUCCACUUGAGGGUCCGCGUCCACCCCUUCCAUGUUCUCCGCAUCAACAAGAUGUUGUCUUGCGCAGGUGCCGAUCGUCUGCAAACUGGCAUGCGCGGCGCCUGGGGUAAGCCCUACGGCACGGUUGCCCGUGUCAACAUCGGCCAGAUCAUCCUAUCCAUCCGGUGUAAAGAUGCGAAUGCGGCCGUUGUCCAAGAAGCACUGCGCCGCGCGCGUUACAAGUUUCCCGGCCGCCAGAAGAUUAUCGUCUCGCGCAAGUGGGGCUUCACCAAUGUCAACCGCGAGGACUAUCUCAAGUUGAAGGAGGAGAAGCGUGUGCUGCAGGAUGGUGCCUAUGUGCAGUAUAUCCGCCCCAGGGGCAACCUUGAGAAGAACCUUCGGGCGCAGCUCAAGGCCUGA